CCAUAUUGGUACCAAGGGAUGUCCCCAACAUGGCGGCCAAUGAAGAUAAAGAUGUCCCCAACACGGCGGCCAUAUUGGACCAGGAAGUGUCCAACAGAGCGGCCAUAUUAGACCAGGAUGUCCCCAUCAUGGCGGCCAUAUUGGACCAAGAUGUCCCCAAUAUGGCGGACAUUGAGGACAAAGAUGUCCCCAUCAUGGCGGCCAAUGAAGACAAGGAUGUCCCCAACACGGCGGCCAUAUUGGACCAAGACGUCCCCAUCAUGGCGGCCAUAUUGGACCAAGAUGUCCCCAACACGGCGGCCAUAUUGGACCAGAAUGUCCCCAACAUGGCGGCCAAUGAAGAUAAAGAUGUCCCCAACACGGCGGCCAUAUUGGACCAGGACGUCCCCAUCAUGGCGGCCAUAUUGGAUGGUGACGCUGGUGGCAUCACCAUCACAGUGACAGCCCCCCCAUUGGAGGAUGAGCCCGGUGACGAUGACGUCAUAGGUGAUGACGUCAUCACAGCCAACCAAUCACGUGGCGUUGAGGAGAGCGAUGACAUCACAGCCGUGCUUCACGAUGAUGUCAUCCCCGAGGGUGACGUCACUUCAAAGAUGGCGGCUGGUGACGUCACUGCUGACCUCACUGAAGUUGAUGACGUCACUUUAAAGAUGGCAGCUGGUGACGUCAUUGUUGAUGAUGUCAUCGCUGCGGGUGAUGUCACUUCCUGUCAUCCUGGGGGUGACUGGAGUGACAUCGCUGAUGACGUCAAAAGUGGUGAUGACGUCAUAAGUGCUGAUGACAUCAUCCGCUCCCUCCCCAUUGGUGACCAGGCUGAUGACGUCACCCCCAGAGGUGACGUCACUGAUGACGUCAUCACAGACGAACCAAUCGCUUCUUUAUAUGGGGACGGCCGCAGCCAUGACGUCAUCCCAGUUGGUGACGUCAUCGAUGACGUCAUCACGGGUGAAGCCGUCCCUCCAUUACACGUGGAUGCCUACGGCGAUGACGUCAUCCACACAGGUGACGUCAUUGAUGACAUCACACAUAACUAUGACGUCACGGGCGACACAUCGCAUUGGGAUGACAUCACUGAUGACGUCAUCACAGGGGAAACCAUCAUGGCCGACCCCGUCGGCGACGUCAUCAAUGGGGACGACCUCACUGAUGACGUCAUUGAUGUCGAUGACGUCAUCAAUGUUGAUGACAUCAUCAAGGACGACAUCAUCAAAGACGAUGACAUCAUCGAUGACGUCACCUAUAGAGAUGACAUCACAGCCCCGAUUUCGACCUGUGACGUCACACCUGAGGGUGAUGACGUCACUGAUGAGGUCACGUGGAAGGAUGACGUCAUCAGUGACGUCAUCAGCCCCACAGAGGAGCAGCCGUUGUGCCCCAUCGAUGACAUCACGGAUGACGUCAUGGCCGCCCACAGGAGGGGCGGGGCUACAGGACCCCCCCAGCCCCAUAGCAGCCCCCCCCCCGGCUGCCCCCUGCUUUUCCUCGGCCUCCUCUGUCUCCUCCUCGUCCUCCUGCUCCUCGCCGGG